ACUUGGGAGUCCAAGACUAACACAUUAAUGAAACCUCAAUUGUUUCUCUUGUCUUCCUCUGCAGGAAUUUGUUCCCAGCUAACCUUGUGGCUGCAGCAUUCCGUUCUUAUGCCACUGAUUACAAGAUGGUCGCUGUGGGAAACGACACCAAUGGAACCAUCCUCUACCAGAAGGUUCCUGUGGGCACAGAACCAGAUGGUAUGAACAUCUUGGGCCUGGUUCUCUUUGCCAUGGUGUUUGGGGUGGCACUGAGGAAGCUGGGAGAGGAGGGGGAGGAGCUCAUACGCUUCUUCAAUGCUUUCAAUGAAGCCACCAUGGUGCUGGUGUCCUGGAUCAUGUGGUACGUCCCGUUCGGAAUCAUGUUCCUGGUGGGUAGUAAGAUAGUGGAGAUGGAGGAUGUGGUUCUGUUGGUGACCAGUCUGGGGAAAUACAUAUUCGCCUCCGUCCUGGGUCAUAUCAUCCACGGGGGGGUCGUCCUGCCUCUCAUCUACUUUGGGUUCACACGCAAGAACCCCUUCAGCUUCCUGUCCGGCCUCAUCACGCCCUUCACCACCGCCUUUGCCACCUGCUCCAGCUCGGCCACCCUGCCCUCCAUGAUGAAGUGUGUAGAGGAGAACAACGGAGUGGACAAGCGGAUCAGUCGUUUCAUCCUUCCCAUCGGAGCCACCGUCAACAUGGACGGGGCUGCCAUCUUCCAGUGUGUCGCGGCUGUCUUCAUCGCUCAGCUCAACAACAUAGAGCUCAACGCCGGACAGAUCUUCACCAUCCUUGUGACAGCCACAGCGUCCAGUGUGGGCGCAGCGGGCAUCCCAGCCGGGGGUAUCAUCACCAUCGCCAUCAUCCUGGAGGCUAUCGGCCUGCCCACCAACGACCUGUCACUCAUGCUGGCCGUCGACUGGAUCGUGGACCGCACCACCACCGUAGUGAACGUGGAGGGAGACGCCCUGGGGGCGGGGAUCCUCCACCACAUCAACCAACAGGAGAUGAAGAAACAACACCUGGAGGAGGAGCUAGCGGAGGUCCUGGUGGAAGCGGUGGCCAACACCCAGGCUGACGAGGAGACCUCCCCGCUGGUCACGCACCAAACCCUGAGUUCAGCAGGCCACCAAUCCCCCAGGGAGACCGAGGAGACCUCCCCGCUCGUCACGCACCAAACCCUGAGUUCAGCAGGCAACCAAUCCCCCAGGGAGACCGAGGAGACCUCCCCGCUCGUCACGCACCAAACCCUGAGUUCAGCAGGCCACCAAUCCCCCAGGGAGACCGCGGACGCCAUUGAGUCUGUCCUGUGAACUCGUAAAACAACUGUGAAUUCCGUCUCUAUGGUUACAAUCAGUGGUGGCUGGUGGCACUUCAAUUCGGAGGACGGGCUCAUAGCAAGGGCUGGAACGAAAUGAAUGGAAUCAAAACACAUCAAAUAUAUGGUUUUCUUUGUGUUCGAUGUAAUUACAUUCACUCCAUUCCAGACAUUAUUAUUAGCCGUCCUCCCCUCACCAGCCUCCUCUGGUGUCUAAGGUUACGAUGCUGCUGCUGCUGCUACUCCUGACACACGACCGAGUCAACCGAAUCGUCUGUGAAUCGACUCUGAAUCAACUCUGAUCACCUUUACCAUACCUCCUAAAACAGUUCAUGAGUUAUUUCACUUCUAGAAAAAAAGUGCCCUAGAUAAAGUUUGAUUUAUAUUGUGGUACUUCCUAUUUGGAGUAUUCUAAAAGUGUAUUUAAAAGCCACAAGAAGGUUAGCCUCGCCCUUUAGAAUGAAUCUUGCUCAAAUUGAAUCCAAGCUGCUUUCUGGUUUUGGGUGAGAGUGGUCUGUUGGUCAUAGAAUCUAAAAAGGGAAUCCCUCCUAACCGUGACGUGGCUGUGACCUCACAAGGCAGAUAGGAAGGAGAAUCAUUUACUAACUGACCUGGAGUUUUCUGUUUGUUUUCUGUCGAUAGUCAACCCAGAACGUGAAACAUUAACCCCUCAGAUGACAAAAGUCUCUCAUAUUUUGGGUAAAUAUUGAGGAAGAGCCACAGUUGACCUUCUGUUUAUGUACUAGAACCUACUGACCCAAUGGCCUACUAUGGUGCCUGUAUCUAAUAUUGGACUUAGGACCAUAAGGAUCUGUGUCGAUAUAGUGCAGGUUCAAUUAGAGCAAAUCCUAACUUCUACUUCAGUUUGAUUUUCACUUUGUCUCAGAUUGACAUCAAUGCGUCACGCACCAAAUUAAACCCAAAUUUAACCCUUCCUGGUUAAAUAAAGGUAAUAAAUAAAUAAAUGCAUGACUAAGUGGACAUUUGCCUUAAAUGGAAGUUACAGUAGGAUUUACCCCUUAGGCAAUGCAUGGAAAUAUGGUGGUGAGCACACUCCAUUUACUAAACUGUUAAAGUGCAGACCGAGGCCAACAAGGGCUGUCCCAUCCUUCUAUUGUUGUGAGAGUAGAUGCUGCCUCCAUCAGUGAUGUCCCAGGCCCUUGCUACUAUUUACUGAAGAAACCAAACCAUAUGUUCUUUGGAACUUUUUCUUUUUGAAUUGAGAGGAAGCAUGGUCAGAUGGGAUGUAUUACAAAUGGUACCCUGUUCCCUAUAUAGUGCACUUCUUUUAACCUGAGCCCAGCACCCUGUUCCCUAUAUAGUGUACUACAUUUUCCCCCAUAGGGCUCUGUUUAAAAGCAUUGAACUAUGUAAGGAAUAGCCAUUUGGGACGACACAUGGGCAUUGAUAAAGGCAUGCUCUCAUAUUGACUCCUAAUAGUAUUUAUCUAUAUCCCUGGACAUGAAGGAAACUGCCAAAGUUGUUAAAACAGCCUUUUCCUUUAGCUAGAUACAUCUAUGGGAUAGGUGUAUGUUUUACAAAUGACUUUUUUUUUUUUUUUUUUUUACAAAAUAGUGAUAAUAUUACAGUAGUGGUUCUGCUGCCACCUAGUGGUGGCGUGGCGUAGUUGUUCUGCUGCCACCUAGUGGUGGCGUGGUGUAGUUCUGCUGCCACCUAGUGGUGGCGUGGUGUAGUAGUUCUGUUUCCACCUAGUGGUGGCGUAGUUCUGCUGCCACCUAGUGGUGGCAUGGUGUGGUGUAGUGGUUCUGCUGUCAUCUCGUGGUGGUGUAGUGGUGGCAUAGUGUAGUGGUUCUGCUGCCACCUAGUGGUGACGUGGUUCUGCUGCCACCUAGUGGUGGCGUGGUGUAGUGGUUCUGCUGCCACUUAGUGGUGGCGUGGCUCAAUGUUUUGAGUUCUGUCAUGAGAAUGGAGCAAGCAUGUGAAAGUACAGCAUUUUAAAUUUAAUUUGAUCCUAUAUGGGGCAAUGUGGCCUAGUUUAUCAAUGUAGUCAAAUUGAUUUCUUCUUUCUUUGUAAUGAAUCACUAUUGCUGUUUGCUGGAAAUGAUUUACUCUGAUUUAUGGGAGGAAAUUAUGUUGUACUAACUCACUAAUGUACCAACUUUGUUCCACAAUUACACUUCUACUCAGACUAAUCGUUUGUUGAAGCAGUUUCUAGAUGUUGGAAAUGGAAGGUUGUCCCUCAAGCAAGGACAAUUAUAUGUUAUUAACUGUUUUAUACAAAAUUGUAUGCACCCUGAUUUGUCAGAAUCUUUGUGAAUUUAAUGUCUCUAAACAUGUCCUUUAAAAUGUGAAAAGGUUGCCAAUCUGUCAUCGGAAUACUGUGGCUCUACAUAGUUUGACAGUGAAUGAGGUAUUUUUUGGAAACCAGAAACUGGUUGUGAGAAGGAUCAUUAAGUUUGAAUAUUCUUUCUUUGUUUAACAUGAUCAUCUUUCAAUCGAACAACCCUUUACUUGAAUAAGCUAUAUGAAGGAAUUUUAAUUUAUUGUAAUUGCGUUAACAUUUUGUAUAAUUUGUAUUUUUGAUAUACGAUUUAGGCAUUUUCUCUCAAUUUCUAGUUGCCAAAUCUGUUCCUAACGCCUUUCUCUGAUGUGGAACAAUUUUUCUUACAGCCUAAAGUAUGUAGCCUGGUCCAGCUCUGGUUGUGCUCCUGCCAACUCCAUUGCUGUAAUUGUCAAGACAAUCUGUUUGGCAUGAAAAUGAGUGGCAUGACAUGGUAGCACAAACAGAUCUGGCACGCUGGCUAUAAAGUAUGUCCUCCAUUUUGUUUUGUGGUAUUUUGACCAACAGGAAUAACUACUAUGUUUCCUGUGAAAUGAUGAUGUCUAGCUUUGUAACACAGCUGUCUCUUUUACUUGUCUCUGUCUUUUACCGUUAAAUAUAAAUGUGUGUUUCACACAACAGAGAGGA